UACUGUAUAAUUAAGAAAUUCCACAGAAAUGUCUAUGCAAGAAGAGAAUACUCCGAUUAAUGUUUCCAUCCAGUCUAAACAUUAUUUUAUGUUAUGUAUGUCACGUCAUGAAAACGAAUGAAUUGAAGAUAUCUUGCUUGAUAUUUAAUAAAAACUGCAUGUAGAUGCCGAGAAGAAGAUAGGGAAUACUAGACUGAAGUUGCGGAGGGCGAAAAUAAUGAAUAAAACAUAUUAUAAUGAAUGAGUACAUCAGUGUAUAAAAUUUUCAUACAUCUGAACCCUUGUCUACAACUUACUUAUAUUUACAAUACAUAUACUAACAUUAUAAGGUAUAAGACUGGAAUUCUCGGGAAAUUUUAAUUCAUGGAAAACAUCAGUCCAGGUUUGCUAUUAUAAUAAUGUUACUUCGAGGGGAGAAUAAAUAAUGUCACGUUACAUGAUCUAUAGACACUGUAAAGCUUUCUCUUCAGCUGACUUGCGAGUGAUGCUUACUAGCAAUAUAGAUAUCACGCAAUAUAUAUAUCAAAGGAAUAUACGGAGAUAACGUUACAACACAUCUUACAACAUUACAACACAUUAAGUUACAUAGUUCAUGUAAUUCAUGUUGUUGUAUUAGAUUAACGCAAUUGUGAAAAUUUCUUUCAAGAUAAAACAAAGACGUACUAACUGAGAAAGUUAAAUACUAUUUUGUUUAUAGAAUAUGAACAUACUGAAAUUUACACUCACAAUUCUCGCGAUCGCUGGAUGUUGGCGGCCGUUUUCAUGGACGUCGCUCAUCAAACAUAUAUUAUAUAACGCGUAUACAUUAUUAAUAAUUAGCCUAAUGUACAGCUUCACAUUCACACAGUUUAUGGAAGUUGUCCAGAAUGUCGAUAAUGCGGAUGAUUUUACUAACAUCUUAUACAUAUUGUUGAGCUUGUUUGCUGCGUGCUAUAAAAUACUCAAUUUGUGGGUAAAUCACGAGAGUUUCGUGAAGUUAAUUCAAAAUCUUACGGAAGGAACCUUUAAACCAUUAGUUUCUGUCGAAAUCAAAAUUCGACGAAAAUUCGACAAAAUAAUAAAGAAUACUACAAUGUGUUACACUAUCUUGGUUAUGGGUACCGGCGCAAGCCACGUCUUGGUAUCGUUACUGACAAAUUUCAGAAAGAGGCAGUUAAGAUUCAAAGGAUGGAUACCAUAUGAUUACUCGUCGUUUGUGAUAUUUUGUCUCACAUAUGCUCAUCAAUACGUAGGUGCGUUAUUUGCUGCCUUUAUUAACAUUGCUUGUGACAGUCUCAUUAUUGGUCUGCUACUACAUCUUUGUUGUCAAAUUACGAUCUUACAAUAUCGUCUGGAAGGUAUCGUAAAUGGCCAGAAUACUGUGGGUGACUGCGUACGCCAACACCAGCACAUAAUCGAAUAUGCAUGUGCAACUAACGCGAGAUUGACAAAAAUAAUUGGAUUUCAAUUCAUAGCGAGUACAUUCAUGCUGUGCUCGAAUUUGUACCAACUAACUAGAAUAACAUUAAACGCAAAUUUCAUUGAAUUAUUUGCAUAUACAUUUUGCGUACUUGUACAAAUUUUUAUCUACUGUUGGUUUGGAAAUAAACUCAAACUAAUGAGUCUUCAAUUGGUUGAUAAUAUUUUUGAAAUGGAAUGGAUAGCGUUGGAUAUUCAAACUAAAAGAAGCCUGUUAAUAAUAAUGAAUCGCGCGAUGAGACCGAUUGAAUUUAUCAGUUACUUGGAACCGAGCAAUACAAUACGUUACACGAGCUUAGUUGGAACAUCAUGCUCGUUUAUUGCCCUGAUGUCAUUACUCACUGAUUUCAGGCAUAAUAGAUUAACGUAUAGAGAAUGGGUACCGUACAAUUAUUCGUCUUACAUAACUUACUAUUUAACAUACGCUCAGCAAAUGAUAAGUACUUUCCACUGCGCUAGUGUGAAUGUCGCUUGCGAUACUCUUUUUUGUGGUUUUUUAAUGCACAUAUGUUGCCAGAUAGAAAUCUUGGAAUAUCGCUUAAAGAAUAUCUUAAGCAAUCAAUUUACUCUGGGCUACUGCGUACAUCAUCACAACCGAAUUUUACAAUAUGCGCAAGUAGUGAAUAUGAGAUUUACAUCAAUAAUCGGAUUUCAGUUUAUGGCAAGUAUGAUGGUAAUCUGCAGCACUUUGUAUCAAUUAACCAAGUCGGCUUUGAGUACAAACCAUGUGCCAUUAAUUAUGUAUUCAAGUUGCAUGCUGACGCAAAUAUUUAUUUAUUGCUGGUUUGGAAAUAAAGUCAAAUCAAAGAGCCUCCAACUAACGGACAGUAUUUUUCACAUGGAGUGGCCAAUUCUAGACAAUAGCAAUAAAAAGGGCCUCUUGGUAAUUAUGAAGCGCGCGAUAACACCCAUUGAAAUUUCUACAGUGUAUAUUCUGACAAUAAACUUGGAUUCUUUUGUGUCGUUGCUUAAAACAUCAUAUUCUGUUUAUAAUUUAUUAGGACGAGUGCAAUAAAAAUUGCGAAAUAAAUAAAUCAAAAUGCUUUUCUCUGUUCAUUUCAUAAGAUUAAAGAAUGAUAAUAAGAU